UAAAUUAUAAGAAUCCUUUAAAAUUUGAACUGAAAUAAAGUGUGUCACAAGAACGCUUAAGAAAAGUGAAACUUCUUACGCAAUUGUACCUAACCUGUAAGUAGGUAUAGGUAUUUAAUUUGCAGUUAUAUCAUAUAGCUUCAUGGUACAAAGAUACAUUUUUAAAUUUGUCACAAUUUUUUUAUUCGUUUCUAUGGUGAUAAGCAAAGCGUUAGAAAUUAAAAUCCCGUUUUUAGCGAUUUUUGUAGUUGGUCUAUGGUUUUUCCCAUUACAUUGAAUAAUUAUUGAGAAAAUUGAAAAAUGACCUCUCUAAAGUACCAUUUUGAUCCUAUUUGCUAAAUGAUAAAUAUUUGUUGAAAUCAAAUCCUAUUUGUACUCCUUCUGGUAGAAAUUUUGUCUACAGGAUAAAAAAAAAAAAUAAAUACCAUUGUAAAACCACGCUCCGUGCAGAAUCUAAAAUGGGAAUGAGCAUUCUGGGUAAAUCACUCAGUAUAAAUAUAUUUUUUUUAAUAAUAUGAUUCUUACUGUAGGGGAAAGUGGGGCAGAUUUGAAUUAAAUUUACAUUUUAUUUUUUUAUAUUUGAUAAUUACAAUCUGUAGUCUAGAAUGUCUCGAUGGUUGUGAAUACUAUUUGACUCAUAACAACCUUUUAUAUUAAAUAACCAAUUUAAUUUCUAAUUAUAAAGUUAAGUAUAUUUUUGUUCAAAUUUACCCCCCCCCCAUGGGGUACAUUUGAACGUGCAGGGAGUAGAUUUGAAUAUGUGUCUUAUAUAAUUAAAAGGCCACAUUUGAAUGUUGAACAUAAAUAAACAUUAAAUUAAAUUAAACUUUUUAUUUAUUUUAAUAAUAAAAAUAGCUCAUUAUAAUAUAAUAACAUUUUUUUUACAAUUAUGUUUAGAUGUUUUCUUGUCAACUUUUUUUUUAUUGUAAAAAUUUAGUUUUUUGGGUUUUCUUAUAGAUAAAUCCACAUAUUAUGACAAAAAUCCAGUAAACUAGUCUAUUCCAUCCAUAAGAUAGGUAUUUCAAGAAGGAGGAACCUAUAUUACACCCUAUUAUCUACCCUAUUAAUGAAAAUGCCAAUCUACCCCAUGCCAAAAUAGUCAAUAAUAAUCGUAAUAUAAAUUUUAAUAAUUAUAAAUAAUGUAUGUACAUUAAAUAUAUUACUAGGCAAAAAUAUUUUGAUUAGGUAUGUUUAAUUCUAAACUUAUGAUUUUGAAUUUUAGUUUCCAAAAUGUUCUUAUGGAAACAACAAUUUUUUUUUGAAAAAGCCGGAAAAUUACAUUAUCAUUUUUGUUUAUCACAAAAUUGUUCAAAAAUGCCUGAUGAUCACAUAUGGUAUACAAAACAUUGUCACCAACUUAGAUUAUUAUUUUUAUUAAUGUAAAUAAUCUGUAGCAAAUUAUAUUAGACAAAUUCAAACGUACCUCGCAUUCAAAUCUGCCCAAUCUCCCCUAUAAAUUAAAAAUUAUCAUAUCUUUGAAAAAUCUUAAAUCUUAUGAAAAAAAUAUUUUAUUUAUUUAAAUACCUAAAAUAACAAUAAAUAAUUUAGUUAUACCUAAUUUAUAAAAUUCUUUAAAUAUGCAUUGAAUGUUUCAUAGGUAUAUUAUUUAAAGUAAGUAUCAGCAUUAUUUUAUGCUGUUACUUAAAAUAUUACAUAAUUUAUGAUUAUUAUUGAAACAAAUAUAACUGGUAGAAUUUAUGUUUUUAAAACAAGUCAAAUAAAAACAACUAUUAUUUAAUUAAAGAUUUGAUAAAAUGUCUUUUUUAUGAAUAUAAACUUAUGCCACGUUAGAAAAAAAAUAUAGAGAAGUACAUCGGUUAUGUGGAAAAAUAGUUUACAUCCUGUUGUAAAUUAAUACAAUUGUUUUUUGUAUAUAUUUAUCUUUGGGCUGUGAAGAAAAACAAGUGUUUAGCUACUUAAGUACCUAUGAGUAAUAUUUUUAACAAAAAUUUUAAAUACUUUGUGGAAAUGUUCCUGAAAACUUAAAAAUGAACAUUAUGUAAAUUAUUAUUAAUUUAAAUGAAUCAAUUAUGGUCUUUGUAUAAACACCUGAAUAAGGUUAAACAUUUGUUUUCUAUUUUUUCUAGUUACUAACUUUUGCAAAUUGUAUAUAACAAUUAUUAAAUAAAUCUACAUUAUAAAUAAAUGUAUUUUUACUGUUUCAGUAUAGUAUUUUUUUGUAUUUGUUUCUAAUAAAUUUGUAGUUUCUUUAAAAUGUUUAAAGUAAGUUCAAUGUAUACCUUAGUAUUAUACUUGCUUUUUACUACUAAUGUUUUAUGUAACCCAGUGAACGAUAUUAACUCAGAAAAUAACGACCCGUUUUGGAUUAAUCCUUGUGGUUACAAUACAAAUAAUGCUGAAGACUAUGAUGAUUCCGAUGCCGGUAUCAUGGACCGUAUUUUAACUAUAGCUAAACAAUGUCAAAGUAACAUUGCUCUGUUUAAAUCUCAGUACAUUCAACAAACAUUCAAUACUGAUUAUGAUGCACAUUAUAAGAGAUGGAUAAAUGAAAAUAAUAGUUGGGUAACUUCUCGACUUCUAGAUAAAGCUGAAGAUAAUAUGAAACAAUCAUGGUUAAAUUCCCGUUCAUUUCCCAGUGAAUUAAAAUACAGUUAUGAAGUAUUACAACGAGUUUCGGUUGGCUUUGAAAUUCUGCUUGAUGACGCAAGUAAAAAUGAUUCUUUGGAAAAUACAUUUAGCAAUAAUUUUUCGACUUGUAAAAAUGAUUUGCAGCAACUUUUAUGUGAGUUAAAUGAUGAUAUUGACGUUACACAUCAAGAAAAACCAAAAGAUAUUACUAGAGACGAAGUCCCUAAAGAAGUCCGUGAAGAAACCAGCACUGCUAAUAGGAAUCUCACAAACUCUAUAAUUUUCCGAGAUUAUAUGAUUGCUAUUCAGUAUGUAAAAAAUACUUAUGAUCAUUUGAGAAGCAAAUGUAAUAAUAAUUUAUAUCGAUUCAAAUCAUUGUAUAAAAAAAAUCACCACUAUUAUACUUAAUUAAUUGUAAUUUAUUUAUUUUACUCAUGCGUCAAAACAAUGAAUUCCACCAAUUAAUGUAUUUAGUUUUUUUUAUUGUAUAAUAAAUAAAAAUAUAUUUGGUUUUGUUAAAUCUAUAAUAUGUCCCUUUAAGGCGGUUUUUACUAAUCCAUUAUAGUAAUUUUAUAUAAUAUUAUAGAUAAUAUUAAAAAUUUAAAACCAUUAUACAUAUUAUGUUAAAAAAAGAUUGUAAAAUUGUUUAUUUUAGUGUGUUGGAAUAAAUUUAAUUAAGUUUAAUGAGUUAUUUAUGAAUUUGAAAUAAUUUAAACUAUUCAUUGUAAAGUUUAAAUAAUACCUAGUAGAUUUAAAAAUUGGACUAAUAUAUAUUAUAUUGUUCAAUGUUUACACUCAUAUAAUAUUCAUAAGUAUUUACUAGAUAUAUUUUCCAUAAAUAGUAGGACUAUAUUUUAUUUGUAGAUAAUUUAAUUUCAGAAAAAUUUGUUGUAUUUUCUUAAUAUUUGAAUGGUAAUCUAAAUUAUUCACCCUUUUAUAUUUUAAAAUUUUGAAUAAAAUACAGAAACAAAGGUUAAAAUGUGUUUUCUAUAACUA